AUGGUCGCGGGGACUCAGUGGCGCGGCAUGUUCGAGCAGCGCUUGAAGAAUGCCAUCAAGCAGGCGGAGGAUGCGGCCGGAAAGAUGAUCCUCUUCAUAGACGAGAUGCACAUGAUUGUUGGUGCUGGUGACGAGGGCCGCACUGUGGACGCUGCCAACAUCCUCAAGCCGGCCCUGGCCCGUGGUCGCAUCCGUUGCAUAGGUGCUACCACAUCGAAAGAGUACCGAAAAUACAUAGAAAGGGAUGCGGCACUGGAGCGACGAUUUCAAAGGGUUGACGUCGAUGAAUCGAGCGUGCAGGCGACCGUUGCCAUCCUACAGGGGUUGAAGCAGCGGUACCAAGACCACCAUGGCCUGAUAAUUCAGGACGACGCUCUUGUUUCUGCUGCCCAGCUCGCUGACCGUUAUAUUACAGGCCGCCAAUUUCCUGAUAAAGCAAUUGAUCUAAUGGACGAGGCAUGCACUUCUGUGAAGUUGCGUCAACAAAAAAAAGUUAUAGAUAAAAAAACUAGCACUAUAAAUGCAGUGGAGGAGGUUGUCGGCCGAUGGACUAAAAUUCCGAUCACUACACUUGGCCGAGAGGAGAAGUUCUGCCACCUAGUAGACAGAUUGCAUGAGAGAGUCGUUGGACAAUAUGAAGCGGUUAAUUUGGUUGCGCAAGAAGUUCUACAUUCCAGGGUCGGCUUUGACGAAUCUGGCCAACCUAUUGGUGCGUUCCUCUUUUUGGGUCCGAUUGGUGUUGGAAAGACAGAGCUUACAAAAGCACUCGCCGAGAAGCUUUUUGACAACGAGAAGACGUUAGUCCGCUUUGACAUGUCAGAAUAUGCUGAUAGUGGAUCCGUGUCGCGUCUCAUUGGAGGGCCUGGAAGCUACCAGGAAGAUGGACAACUUACCGAGGAAGUCAGGAGCCGACCAUAUAGUGUCGUUCUUUUUGACGAGGUGGAUAAGGCACAUCCCUCGAUUUUCAAGGUUCUCAUUCAACUCCUCGAUGAUGGCACGUUGAUUGAUGGAAAGGGUCGGAACGUGUAUUUCAAGGACACUAUCAUAAUCAUGAGCUCUAAUCUUGGAGCAGAGAACCUGUCAGCUGGAAUGGGUGGAGAAAACAUAACAACUGCACGGGAUCUUCUCAUGAAACAGGUUGAGAAACGCCUUAAGCGCGAUUUUAUCAACAAACUGAGUGAAAUUGUGAUAUUUGAGCCACUUUCUCAUGACGAACUGAGGGAAAUUGUGAAAAUCCAGAUGAAGAGUGUCGUUGCUAUGGCAGCUAAGAAAGGCAUCUCUCUGUUUGCGACAGAUGCCGCCUUGGACAUCAUUUGGUCAGAAUCUCACGAUACGGUAAAUGGCGCGAGGCCUAUUAAGAGGUGGAUGAAGAAGAAUGUGACGAGAGUUCUUGUGGACAUGCUGGUCAAUGGAGAAGCGUGUCAAGGCUCAAUCAUCUGCAUCAAUGCCACCGACGACAAGAAGGGGCUGAAGUACCAAGUACUGAAGUAGCAGGAGGUGGCAGACCGAGGACAGCUAGAACUUGCCGUUUGCAUAGGCAACGGACAGAUUAGACCGAAUUAAUAUGUGUGUCUUUAUUACUCUUUAGUUAGCGCUUGUUUUGCGCGUUUACCUGUAGCAAAAUGGU